AUGGCCAGGAGCAACGAAAGGUAUGUCCAAUCUGGCCCAACGAAAGAAGACUGGAUACGACGGGGUAAAUGAUCAAUAUUGGCCACUCCGCUCGAGUAUGUGAGUGAGGUGAUGUGCGAAAUAAGUUGAUUUGUUGUCAUUUAUCAAAAUUCGGGUGGAUUAUAUCUCUACGCGCAUUUCUAUUUCAAGUAAAUUUUUUAUAGUUAUUUAUAGAAAUUUUUCCCGCUAGGGGUGAGAGCCUUGUAAAACGCGCGCGAAAAUUCGAUCGUCGAUUCUGUCGAUUCGUUGCCGGCGACCAUUAUUAAUAAUCAUUUGCCGAAAUUUACGUAAAAUUAUAUACGUGGCUGUUGUAUAGUCGGAACGCAGUACCGACAACAAUUGUUGCCUUCGUUUUCGCUCAAUAACUUUGAUUCCCGUGGAUUACGCGUACGCACGCGUAUGUGUUCCACGUAUGUGUGUGCGUAUAUAGGCGUGUGCAUAUGUAUAUCUAAGCGCAGCUCCGUCGUAACCUCACCGAGCGGAUCGAGUGUACCCUGUUUACCGCCAUGACUCGCUGAUCGGCGCCGCCGAGAUAUCAGUAUUCAAGGGUCGGCGAGCUUUGCGUGCGCGAUUGUUUACGUCGCUCGUUAUGGAAUGGUACAACACGUCGUCGCGCGUAGAGUACGGCCGUCGUACACGAGAGCCCCGUCGAUCGGUCAGAAUGGCUCGAUGUUAACCGCUAAGCAAGUCCGAGGCGACCGUGUCAACGCCGUUUCCUCGUCAAACAUGUGAGCCUUCUUCUGGAUCUUCGCAGACGUAUAUUUGCGCCGUCACUCACAUAUACACGGAGAAAGAGAGAGAGAGAGAGAGAGAGAAAAAGAAAUAAAGAAAAUCUACAUAUACAUAUAAAUAAAUAAAUAUAUGUAUAUAUAUAUGUAUGUAUAUAUAGAUGACUGUAAAUAAUGGUGUUUUGGGCCGUCGUUUAUUCGCUGGCGUUAUUCCUGCACUUCGGUCCCCUACAAGCAAAGCCAGAGUCGCAGGGCUACUGCGCCACGUACAGCGGCAAGAUAUGCAAAAAGUACCUCAACGGCAUCGGAAAGGUGUGGUUUAACGACUCCAAUGACAACCCUGGAGGAUGGCUGAACGAGAAGAUCACGGCGAAUCUCUGGGAGGAGCUGAUAGGGACUCUGCUGGAGCCAUGUCGCUCAGCUGCAGAGAAAUUGCUCUGCAUGUAUGCGUUUCCGCUGUGCCACGAAUCGACGGGCCUGCCUCUCUGCUACGAGGACUGCAUGGCUGUACGCCAACAGUUCUGCUUCAACGACUGGGCAAUCAUCGAGGACAACAAGCAGAGAGACAUUUAUAUUCGCUCGCGCGGACACUUUGUGCUACCGGAAUGCGAGAGUUUGCCCAAGGUGAACAAGGAGACACCCACUUGUUCGCACGUACACCUGACCAACAUGGACGAGGAGGUCAUCACUUACGAUUGCAUCAGAGGCAAUGGUAGGUUCUACAUGGGGAAGAUGAACAAAACCAAAUACGGUCUGGAUUGCCAAAUGUGGAGCGCGCAGAUACCGCACAAUCAUGAUAAGCCGCCCGACGUCUUCCCGCAGAUUCGUCGCGGUGAUAACUAUUGCAGAAACGCGGGCGGCGACGAGCCGAUGCCGUGGUGCUUCACGACCGAUCCUUCGAUACGCUGGCAACACUGCGAUAUUCCUGUAUGUGAUAAUGUUACAACUAAAGUGGAGAUCGAGCCGAAAGAUAUAAUGAUGGAUGCCCUAUUUAAUAACACCCUGGUGCUCAUACUGUCAGCAUUGGGUUUCGUAAUUGUAGCCGGUGCGCUGUUGUCUAUCCUACUGAGUCAAAGACUACACAAACGCCACCGAGGAUACAACCCCACCGAUAAUCAAGACGUAAACAUCGAUCUAGAUAAGCUACCGAGCAACGAGGCGUAUCACAAAACGAGCGCGCAGUUGAAUCCCAAGUUGGAGAAGCUGGAGUUCCCGCGGAACAAUAUCAUCUAUAUGCGGGAUCUGGGUCAGGGUGCGUUCGGCCGCGUGUUCCAGGCGAAAGCGCCGGGGCUAGUCGCGGGCGAGGAGUUCACCAACGUCGCCGUGAAGAUGCUGAAGGAGGAGGCGUCGGACGACCUGCUGCGGGACUUCGAGCGGGAGGCGUGCCUGCUCGCUGAGUUCGAUCACCCGAACAUCGUGAAGCUGCUGGGCGUGUGCGCGCUGGGACGGCCGAUGUGCCUGCUGUUCGAGUACAUGGGUCGUGGCGAUCUCAACGAGUUCUUGCGCUCUUGCUCGGCCAGCAAUUACGUCGUGCGUGUGUCCAGCGCGGACGACGGCGGUCCGACCGCGGGCGAGCCCUCGCGGCUCUCGCACAUGGAACUGAUCAACAUUGCGCUGCAAGUGGCGUCCGGCAUGGUGUAUCUGUCCGACCGAAAGUUUGUUCACCGUGAUCUAGCAACGCGCAACUGUCUGAUAAAUGAUCAGAUGAUCGUCAAGAUCGCCGACUUCGGGCUGUCGCAGAAGAUAUACCUGCAGGAUUAUUAUAAAGGGGACGAACAGGACGCCAUCCCUGUGAGAUGGAUGCCGUUGGAAAGUAUACUCUACAACAAGUACACCGUCGAAUCGGACGUGUGGGCGUUCGCCGUGUGUCUCUGGGAGAUCUUCAGCUUCGCGUUGCAGCCGUACUAUGGGAUGACGCACGAGGAGGUGGUCAAGUACAUCAAAGAGGGCAACGUGCUGCGCUGCCCGGACAACACGCCACAGUCGAUCUACGAACUGAUGAAGCUCUGCUGGAACAGGCGACCGUCCGACCGGCCUACCUUCCGCACAAUCUAUCAGACUCUCGACAGCAUCAAGCAGGACUUGGAGGCGGAAUGCAAGUCGGACAGCGUUCCGCUACGCAUUCGCGUAUGAACGUAAUAAUAAUCGGUAAUAAUCGAUAUUUCUUUUUCUUCCUCGCAGAGGCGCGCAGCGUGAAAUUUGUACAAUUUGAGAGAAGAGUGAGAGGCAGAAUGUUUUUGUUUAAUAUUUUUCUCGAAAACGAAGUCUUUUAUGAGAAAGAUUUAUUUUACAUUUUUCACCCUUUUCACGAGGAAUCGCGCCGAUUGUACGAGCACACAGGCGCUUCACAUACAGAUUCAUAAAAUCGACACACAAAAUUAUAUGUAUGUCAUGCUUGUAUUUACAUGCAGAAUACUUGUUCUUUUGGAUCGGACAAAUUUCACCCUGCGCAAUCAAGAGUAAAGCACGUCACUUUGUGUGUACCUCUACUGCUUACUCUUUCAUUACAUCUAGCUAAGAUUACAUUCCAGCUAAGUAACUUUGUAUUGUAUAUCAGUGUGAUGUGGAAUGCCUGCCUUCUUUUAGUUGGAUCCGCUUUGAUAUUGAAUCAGUUAUCAGUCACGAGAAGUGAGGAAAGGACCAAUGUAUAAAAAACGAAGAUGCGAUAUUAUACGAUAUGCGUUAACUUCUACCCCUAUUUCUUCUUCUUCAGAAAUGGACGUCCCUGUCAGGAUAUAAUACUGCCGAUUUACCUUCCCGGAUCUCUUCCGAAUACCGCUCGAGGAGAUUUUUACGCUUUUUAUUUACUGUUUAAUUAGCUUUCGAUUAUCCCCAUUAGGACCGCCACUUUUCCGAAAUUCUUAUUAUACUCGUUUUUUAUUGGUGUAAAUUUGUAAGGCUCUUGUAAUACAUAUCUUUAAGCGCGUUUAUGAAUCGUUUUACAUUUAAGGUAAGUAAUCCGACAUCACUGGCAACAGGAACCUACAUAGUUUCAGUCUCAUUUCCGCGCUGUUACAGCGAUGACACGUGUCUAGAGCGACAUAAGGUCUGCGUAUUGAUAAUUUGAAUGUACGUAUUUAUUUGAUCUAUUUAUUUUAUUUAUUUUUUCUUCCUUUAUAAGCCUUUUUGCAUAUAGUACAUAAGUCUGCGGCCCUGCGUUUUUCAUUGUUUGGUAUAGUGGUGCCCGAUGGCAUUUGACCACAUGCCAUGCGCCGUUUGAAUUAGUUUGAUUGCACUUGAUAAGGGCCAAAACCCAUGGCCGAAACGUUGUGCUAAUAAAGAAAGUAUUCCUGUCGCCAGUGGUGUCGGAUUAUUCAGCUUAAUUAUUUUAAUAUUUGCUGGCGGUAGAAUAUCUUAAAUUUCGUUAUAUAUUUGUUUAUUAAACUUGACGUUUACGGCAAGAUAUUCUCGACGGAUUGCCACUUUCUUCCGAGAGAUAGUGAUUGAAUAAAAAUCACUCCUUUGUUUUUUUUAAUUUGAACCUGCAUCUUCGUGGUACUUUGGCUUUACAAGUUGAAAAUGCAACGGAUUAAGGAAAAAGAAGAACCCGGGUCUUCAGCAAUUAGAGCAAUCUCUCACGUUUCUAUGCGCCACGAUUGUCAUAUUAAUUGUGACUUGCUUUAUAAAUUGAUUUUUUUCGGUAGUUUUUAACAUUGUUCCAUAAUCUUGAGAUAAUGCAGAAACGUGGCGGUCCUAAUUACCGUGUCCAAACUCGAGUAACGCUUAUUUGCGAGUAAAGCACUGUCGAGUCUGUACAAAUAGUAUAAAAGCGGUGUGGCUAUAAAAACGUAUUUAGCAACGUUAUAUUUAGAGGCUCUUUGAUUGUUAGACGUGUAUUAGGUUGUUAGAUCGUUUGCUGUACCAAAAAAAAGAAAAAAGCAUAAGUAAUACCUAUAUUUAAUGUGCUGAGAUUAACGAGAAAAGAAUUAUGAGGAAUGUUAAGCGAAAGCGAAUCAUUGAAUGAAUGUAUACUACGGACUUGUUGUAAAUUUAGAAAGAGCAAAGGCGCGUCGCGAUUUUCUCCUACCAACACGAGCCGGACCUACUGCGAAUUUGCAUAACAUUAAAUUACACUCAGCGUUUGUGUCGAGCAUAAUCUUGUUUGAAUAUGCUAUUGUUUAAUGCGAGGAUACAAAGGAAAUGGAUCGUGCGUUAAUGCGUCGCGCAUACGGGAGUGUAUCCCGCAGAAAGGCUUAUCGCGUCCGUUUAGUUGUGUCUUAUUUAGUAGCUCGCGAUCUUCGACUUGCUAACUGCCUUGUUAGAAAAAUAAUUGGCCGUUUCGUUCGACCCGCUGUAAUUUUAGCGAAGCGCACCGACUGAAUAACCACCUCAUCACUGCCGCAAUUACAUUCCAGGAAGCAUUUAUUGUUAAGCAGCGUACGCUACGAAAAAUCGUUCACACUAUAAAUGUCGUGUACAAUGAAUGUUCCUUUCUUUUAAGUAUUUUCUAGCCAGCGUUUAAGGAUAUACAAGACUGCACGUAACAGUAACUUUUCGUUCUCGUCGCUUUUAUUUCAGUGAAUAACAAUAUUCAUGCCGUUUCGCGCGUAUUCGUUCCAACUGAUUGUCGAAAGCGAGAAAAAAUACGGCACGCUUCUGUCAGUUUAGAAGUAAGAUAUUCUCACCCCUAUCGGAGAUGAAGACUGCUAUCGCGACCCCUUCUCACGAUACCACGUGUAUCGUUGCGUCGAGGAUAAAAUUGACGAGUCCGUUUCCAGAACGUCUCUGAUUCGUAUCUUUGAAGACGACUACGCGUUACAAACCUAGUUUUUGCCUUCGAAAGAGGCUCCAAGAUGUUCCGGAGACAGAUCUCUCGAUUGACGAUAUCUUCCACACACACAUAUACACACGCAUACACACACACACACACACACGACGUACAUACAUUUUUUAUCUUGUAUAUUUGUAUUCUGUGUAAGUAGUACCGUACACAGAUCUUCAGGGUUUUCAUUAAAAAAUGAAAAAUAGCACUUUAAUAAGAAUAAUGACCGCUAAGUGUACAACACCGAACAAAUGUAUAUUAACGUUUUCGGUUAUCGGGUGGGCUCUUGUGCCCAAAAAUAAUUUUUGCUAAUUUCGUACGUUUCGUCUUUUCACGUUUUUCAAUCAUUCGUCGUUACUAUUUCUAUUCAAACGCAAUUUUACCGUUCUAAAGGAUACUAAAUUAAUCAAUCUUGAUCGAAAGUGUCAGGAAAAAGAGUAUUCUGAAUUGUAUGUAACACGGUCGUGCAUAAAACAGAGAUCAAGUUCAAUUCCUAGCUGAUUGCGAGAUGCUACUUCUCGUAGUACCAAUUUCUUAUCAAUGAAACGCAGAAUUAUUCCAAUGGCCGCGGUGGUCUUGGGCUUACGGCUUAUUCUUUUUUACAGGCGUCGAUCAAUAAGCUGUAAUUUUUUUAGUCUUCUCGACUCUCCAGGAAUCAAUAUCUUGAUUAGCGACUUCGUUUUCAUCGUUCUCUUGUUAGUGUAACGAUUGUACAAGAGAAGAAGAAGACGAGCAAACACCUUUCGGUCGAUCCGAUAUACGUUCUAAAAUGUACAUGCUUUUUUGGUGAAAAUCCUGAAUCAUCUUAUCGGUGUAACAGGCGCAUGUGCGUCCGCGACCAACAAAAAGAAAUUACUGCCACUACAUGUAUACCUGUUGGGUUCGUACAUAGUUUUGCCGAUAUCGACCCCGUUGUUCGGCGAUUAACAUAAAUACGACGGCAACCCGACGACGUAACGUAACUCGUGCGAAUUCUUCCAGCAGAUAAUCGGUGUAAUGAUUUUUGUAAAUAAUCGAUAACGUGUCUCUAUCCACGAGUCUCUGUAUCGCUGACAAUACCGUUUAUAUACCUAUAUUUCUACUGUAUUACUGUAAUACCAGCUGUUCAGAUCGCUCUUUCCGUUGUAGACUCUAACUGUGUCACGCUGAAUCCAAUAAUCGGUCUAACUGUACCAUGAACGCCUCGAGGAAAAGUAUGAAACUCGUAUCUCGAUGUGUGCAACCUUGGCAAGAAAUAAACAACCAAUUUCGUAUUAA